AAAAAAUAAAAAUGGAUAUCCGUAGAAAGCAGACGCGAUAUCCGUAGAUUUAUAACGUCAGACAUCCCAGCGCCUUUAUUUAUCUUCCUUCUGUCACUCUGCUGUCUUACUUUCUCUCUCUUCUCUUCAAAACAUAACUUCUCUUCUUCUUCUUCUUUCUACUUCCCCCUUACUUUCAACUUUCUACUUCCGCCUUACUUUUUCCUUAAUUUGCUUCAAUUAUUCAUUUUAAUGGAAGAUCGCAAAGAUAAAGAGAGAAAUGCACCAUGGUUAUCUGUGCCACAAUUCGGAGAAUGGGACCAGAAGGGACCAUUGCCAGAUUACUCUCUUGAUUUCUCAAAAAUUAGAGAAAUGAGGAAACAAAAUAAAAGAGAUCCUUCAAGGGCUAGUCUGGGUAAUGAAGAAGAUUUCAUUAAUCCAACUGCUCCUGCUAACAACAAAGUAAACGAUGACGAACAGCAGCAUUUCAAUCAAAACCACUCUCCAACUCCGAGAAAGAGCUUCCUCAGCUACUUCAAUUGCUGCGUAAGAGCCUAAGUGUCGGAGACAAAAUCUAAGUGCUACAAUGCUGAUGUAUGCAGACCCUGUAUCUAAAUCUUCUUAUUAUCCAGCAGCUUCCUGAUCCUCUACUUUUCUUUGGCUUUUCACACGGCAAUGGCCUGUUUUUCAGUUGUAUUUUGUACUAUCCUUUUGGCCAAAUGAACUGUCUUCAAGAGUUCACUUCAAAGCAAGAAGUGGAAUUUGCCCUUCAUAAAAAUAUUUGUUUCUGACCUUAAGUAGUCUUAUCUUAUUUGUUCAAGCCAAAAACCGGAAACAAUAACAAUUUGUCAAAUAUCAGUCUGAAUGUAUUUAUGGAGUGUAGACGCGAUUGUGAGUUCAAGGAGUAUAAUGUGUUAAAUUUGUCAAGUAAUUCAUAAAAUCACGGGUUGUCUUAUUGCCCUUUUGUAAGUUGCUGUUGUUGUCACCUUCAACUUGUUGUCUAACAUCUGAGGGUGAGGCCAUUAAAGUUCGAAAAAUUUACUAUCGAUCAAGUUUGGUUGGCUUGACAAUUUUGGCACAUAUCUUGUGAUACUGAGACUUUCCCUAAUGAAUAUGAUAUUUCCCAGA